CUUUGAGCAGUUACUGGUUGAUAUGGGGAAAUGAAAGGCUGAGAUAUAGAGCUAUUACAGUCUUUCUUGAACCUUGGAGCUAGGUCAAAGUAUUGCUGCAAGUCUUGAGCUAGGGCUGAGUUGGGAACAGGGAACUAGAAAAGAACAGAAGGAAAAAUGCAGGUUAGGAUUGUACAGUGGUUUAGAUAAUUAAGGAUGCUGUGUAAGGUGCAGAAGAUUAAUAAGCUAACAACUUUUUCUGACAAGCCUAUUAUUGCUGCCUGACAGGCAGAAACUUAGUUGGUGAAGUUUUUCCAGUAUGGAGAUGAAAUGAGGGGGAAAGCUUUGCUUGCUAAAUUUCUGCCAGCCAAGCAGCUGUUAAAGACACAGGAGCCCUACCAGGAAAAAACAGCUUCGAAUGUUUACAAGGUACGGCAGCUAGAAAAUUCACCCAUGUUAUAGUUGGACAUUACCAGGUGAUAAUGCAGGCUUAAACUGCCAAAUUCCACAUAUCAAGAUGCUGUUAAAGGCACAUUAGCAGGCUAGGCUGUCCCCUCCCUCCCUAGCUAAAAACAAAGCAGAACAUAAUGAUUUGUGUGUUUGAUUUUACUAUUUUAUCUAGUACUUAGUAGAAAAGGACAUAAGACUGAUCUUCCCCUGCCACAGUGUUUACCUCUGAGAAGUCAGAUAUAUCCAUUUCCAAGUUUGUCUAUUAAUAUUCCCUGACUGCUUACAAAUACUGGAAAGUAUAACAAGUUGAUUUUUAACCAUCUUCCAAUACAUUUGUCUCUAUAUGUGGAAAUGGAGAAAAAUUAAGAUAAGAGCCUUCCUUUCUCCUUUGGGAGAAGACAGAAGAUAAUCUAAAGAAUUUGUGAAUACAAACAAGGAGUAUGUAAUCUGCAACUUUAGACCUUAUAGAUUCGUUGUUUUUGAAAAAAUGUAAACAAGCUCAGAGACUGCUAUUGACAGUAAGUUGCCUAUGAAAAUAUUUUACUAGAACAUUUUGCUUGAUUUUUAUGGAGAAAAGAGUUCAGGAAUGUAUGGAAAAUGGUGAAAUAAAUUUGAGUGAAAUUGGAUACAGGCAGAAUGUAUCAGCUGGGAGAGGCGUACAUAGUCACUAAAAUGGUGCCUACCAGUCUGUACAUAUUAUAGAAAGAAAAGUGCAAUCCUAAUUACAUUUACUAGGAAGUAAUUCCUAUUAAACAUCAGUAGAACUUGAGUCUGAGUAAAGAUAUCCAGGGACUCAAUUGGAUUUGCCCUAUUAAAAACAUCUAGCUCCAGGCUGUAGGGAGAGCUAUAUGUGCUUGCUCCAGCCUUUGUUGUUAAAGCAAUUUUUAGUGACAUUUUAUUUUAUAGCAGCAGGUUGAAUUGUGUCUUCAGAUGGGCUAUAGAAAGUUUUGGAGGAAACACUGUUUAGAAUAAGUCAGGCUAUCAGCAUUCUAUAGUUGAUCUCCUUUGUAAUGCUUUUUUUAAAAUAAAAUAAAAAUCUUUUAAGAUAUUUUAGUUUUUUGUUAGACACUCAAAGCAACAUAUUUAACUACCUUCAGUGAUGUAUACUAUAUAAUUUGAUGUUUUCAUGCAGACUGUAGACAACUUUGAGAUUCCCCCCCCCCCAAAAGUAUAAAGUGGUAUAGAAAUGAAAUGAAUAGUAGUAGUAGUAUAUUGUUGUUAUUAUUACUACUACUACCAUUUAUAUACCACUUAUAAAGUGCAAAGCAAGCCACAAGGAAAUCAAGCAAAUGUAAAUACAGUGUAGAAAACAAUAAGAGCAUCAAAAUCUAUAAAAGAGGAUUUCACUAUUCAGUACCUACUAACCAUCCAUAUCUCAAUCUGCCUGCACUUUCACCCACACAAAAACAAACCCACAUGCGAACACCCUUUCCUUCACUCUUAACAGUUGCCAACCCCAACAAUCCCCUGAAUACAUAUACAAAAAGACCAUACAUACUUGGUUGCUGCUGAAAGUCAUUAGCCUGCCAGUUCUGUUGUCCUGUAUCAAUAUUUUUAAACUACUCCUGAUAAUGCCAGUUUGCUCUUCAGAAAUAAAACAGGGAGAGUAUACUAAAACGCUGGCAGCCUCACAAUGAGACUAAAAUCCUAUCUAAUUUAGGACUACACCAACCCAAAUAAGAACCUCACACCAUUCACCCAACCCUUCAUUUAACAAUCACAUAUGCUUAUCAUAUGGCUGAGAAAUAAAGCUCUCACCCUAGUCAGCCACCAAUUUCCACUUGAGAUGUGGUCAGUCUCCAGGCCCUCCCUUAAUUGCUCUAUCCUCUCACCCUGGGGCAGCAGCACACAUUCCCACAUUCAACCAAAACACAACCCUAACAGGAUCAGGGCCCUCACAACACCCAAAAGCUGUAACACCGCUUUAGAACUUCAUAUGCAGAAGUGGAAAGUCCAGCACCCUCUUCAGUAGUUCUUGCUGCCAGGAGAUACUGAUUUUGGGGUGAACAAAGCCCACCAGGAGGUGGUAAGUGCUGCAAAUACCUCCAAUUCUUACUGCUCAGUUUGAAGAUGUUAACAAGGUUGCAGCUCCUUGGGAACAGGAGACCAGGUAUUCUCAAUUCACCUUUGUGGCCCAAUGAUUUGGCUACAGCUGCAUCUCAUUAUCUAGCUACUAUUUCCUGUCUUCCACCACAUGAGAGCCUUCAUGUCCUCACUCUUCAGCUUGUGACAAGGCACAGGCUUCAUACUGCAUGCACACUCCUUGCUAAAUGGGCACGGCUGUAAAUUUUCCAGUGAAGAAGACAAACAUUAAUGCCACAGUGGCCAUGGAGACAUGCGCACUGCCUUGCUCCUGCAAUUGAGGGGGCUAGGGCUGCACAAUGUCAGCAUGCCAUGUGCACAUACCACAGGGUGUGCUGCCAUGCCAUGUGGACACCCCCUGGCUUGCGAGCAUGCCUCACAGGGGGCAUGCAACCACCACCUUGCUGAAAAUUUUCAGGGGGCCCUGACCCCCGCUUUCACCUGAUCAGAUAAAGCAAUCAGAGUACUAUUCCUGUCAAAAUUAAAAGUAAGGGCCCAUGUGUAGCUACUGUAGACAGAGACACUGAAUUCUUUCCGGUGAAAACAGUAAAUUCUGCUGUGGCUGUCUACAUACAAAUAGGAAACAUUUACCUAGCUGUUCCUGCAAUAAAGCUUAUAAUUAUUGUUUCAGUCCACAUGACUACACAGCUGUUGAUAAUCUAUCAUUCUAAUCUCUCUCCUAUUCUCGCUUUUUUUCUCUUUACCUGUCAGGAUGCUGAUUCUUUAAGUUUAAAGUGCCUUCUGCUGACUGAGGUCCCCUGUUCAGGUAAUCAAACUACCUAUGCUAAUAAUUUACCGUAGCAUGCCUGGUUUCAUAUUUAUCUAUUUUUAAGUGCCAGGAAGACUUUCCUCUUUGCCUGGCUUUUGACCCUUAUUAUAAAGGGUUUCAGGCAUUUGUUUAAUGGGGCAAGGUCUGUAAAGCCUGUCUUUUAGCUGUAUGUUUUUAGAAUGCAUUGGUUGUGUUUGUUUUGAUUAAUUUUACUGUAAAGUUAUUUGGGUUAUUUUUGUGAAGAAAGCAACUAACACAUAUGAAAUAAUAACUGUUACGGGAAUGAGUACAUUGCCUCUGUUCAUAUUCCAAUGAACAGAAGCAACCUUCUUGUUCUGAUUAAUCAGUUUUUUGUGGAUUCUCCUUUGAAUGGUAGCUUUCAAAUCAGUAGUGGAAUGCCCUGUGAGAUGAAAGCAUUCACCUUUUCGGUGGGAAGGGUGAGCAGCCUCCAGCUGUACACCUGUCCAUGAUUUCAAACCAUGAUUACACAGGGAUCCUGACCAUGUGGCUGCUUCUAUGCACAUAUAGCUGUACAGGAUGCUUUCAGGCAUGCAGCCUAAUUCAAGGAUGUCGGGGUAUACAGUGGUACCUCAGGUUAGGUACUUAAUUCGUUCCGGAGGUCCGUUCUUAACCUGAAACUGUUCUUAACCUGAAGCACCACUUUAGCUAAUGGGGCCUCCCGCUGCUGCUGCGCCACUGAAGCACAAUUUCUGUUCUCAUCCUGAAGCAAAGUUCUUAACCCGAGGUACUAUUUCUGGGUUAGUGGAGUCUGUAACCUGAAGCAUAUGUAACCCGAGGUACCACUGUAUAGGUAGAUGGUGGAUUAACAACAGGUGUGUGGCGGGCAGGGCAUUCCUACAUCCUUUCAUUAGGGCUUACGUUUCAUCCUCUUACCACAUGAUAGUGCAUUCAGACAAGAUAUUAUUCAACACAUACAACAUCACUUCAAGAUGUCUGAAUUUUACAUAUGCACAUUCAGUUAUAAAUGUCAUGGACUAUAAAUUAUCUAAGGGACAAUUGUAAUCUUCCAGUGGUUGAAAAGGUAAAUUAUCAUCUAGCGGGUGGCGCUGUGGGUUAAACCACAGAGCCUAGGACUUGCUGAUCAGAAGGUCGGUGGUUCGAAUCCCCACGACGGGGUGGGCUCGUUGCUCGGUCCCUGCUCCUGCCAACCUAGCAGUUCAAAAGCACAUCAAAGUGCAAGUAGAUAAAUAGGUACCGCUCUGGCGGGAAGGUAACGGCGUUUCCGUGCGCUGCUCUGGUUCGCCAGAAGCGGCUUAGUCAUGCUGGCCACAUGACCCGGAAGCUGUACGCCGGCUCCCUUGGCCAAUAAAGAGAGAUGAGUGCCGCAACCCCGGAGUCGGCCACGACUGGACCUAAUGGUCAGGGGUCCCUCUACCUUUACCUUUAGUGUUUUGUGUAAUUUGAUAACUGACAGUGCUUGGUUACCAGUUGAUAAGUGUUUCAAAUUAAGGUCAAACCCUAACUGCUAUGAUGGAGGGCAAAGGCCAAACUACAGGUUACAUUAAAUGUGUUGUUGCAAUUAAUGCAUCUGGGGGGUUAAAAUAAAAUAAACAAAAGCAGCCACAAGAAGUGGACUCAACCUUUUUCCUUUGCACCAAGGACAUUAUGACCUCCACCCCCCCACACACACACAAAUAAACACUGCUGUGUAUGAAAGUUCAAAGAAAGGAAAGAGAAGGAAGGAAGGAGGAAUAAUAUAUUGAGUUUUUGCCUUAAACUGGCAGAAAAAGAGCUUUACAAAGCUUACAUAAUUGAAUUCUCCUUCACAGAAAAUAAUUAUCUGCACAUAGAAAACUAGAUUUCAAAAAGAAGAGUGUCUAAAUAUUAAUCUGAUGGGUUCUACCCCUCACUCGCUUAGUCAUGCUGGCCACAUGACCCGGAAGCUGUACGCCGGCUCCCUCGGCCAAUAAAGCGAGAUGAGCUCCACAACCUCAGAGUCUGUCAUGACUGGACCUAACGGUCAGGGGUCCCUUUACUUUUACCUUUACCCCUCACUCCUAUUAGCAUACUAUACGAGCCCCCAUCUGUAGUUCAAAGUGGUACAGUCAAAGCAUAUGUUUGCCACUUUAUAUACUGUUUUUGAGAAAUAAGACACUUCCAAGUGGUCUGUUGAUUGAGAAUUCAUCAUGAUUUGUUUGCACAAUAUUUGCAAGGAAUUUAUAUUACACAGCAUCAAGCAAGUCUUAUUCCACAAAAUGUCAGGUUCCUAUUUUUACUUUUGGAAGUGCCUUUGUUGCACAAGAACACCCAAUCCACUUUAAUUGCCCAACCUGAAUUUGCUGGUAUGUGAUUGAAAUACAACAGCAAAAUAUUGGUAGUCUGGAAGCACCCCUUGUCACCCAAGUUUUAUUUAUAAAUAAAUAGGUGUUACAAAUAUCUAAAGGGUUCUUGCCUCACUGUCUAACUGAGCAUAUAAAAGGCUAUCCCUUAAAUUUCCUGUCCCUUGGAAAAUGGGGAGCAUGAAACAAUAUCUAACCAAGACAAUGAGAUAGGUUUUUUAGAAAAAAAGCUUAAAUCUUAACUUCAAGCAAUAAGAUGGUCAGAUUCUCUUAUAAAAAAAUUAUUUAUAAUCUAGAAUAUUCGUAAUAUUAUGACUAGCUUUGUUGCAUUGUCUGUUUGUAAAAAAAAAUGCAAUUUAAGAACUAUCGUUAUUGCUAAGUAAUCUUUUGCUUUGCCAUUAUAGCAUUUUAGCCAAGGCCUGUUUCCUUGAAACUUGGCAAAUGCCACUGGAAAGAGACCAGCAGCCAUCCAGGUAUAUUUCUGUGAAUAAGGAACAACUGGAUUCUCCCAUUUCUUUAUCUAAGGGUAUGUGAUUUUUUUUUAAAAAAAAAGUCAUUUUCAUUGUGAAUGAUUCUCAGAAAAGAAGCCUUUUCAGGCCUAGCAUUUGAAUUAAACUACUGCUCAUACAGAACUGGUAGCCUGGCCCAGUUUGCAUAUUUCCCAUUACAUUUUUGAGGAACUAAAAUUGACCAUAUCACUACUUCACAGAAAAGCAAAAGAAAUAGUACCAUCUCUACAUAAAUAUUCAUUAUACAUGAAAGCAUGCAUAUACAUACAAGCAUGCAUAUACAUGUAUUGUAAAAGAGAGCCAGAGGUGUUGUCAGCUCAGUCCAAAACACACACACACACACACACACACACACACAAUAAUUUUAAUAACUAUGAGUUUUAUAAUAAUUUUGCAGACCUUGCAAACGUAGCAAAGUGAUUUGCUUCAUUGCAUUGGCUGCAAACAUGGCACAUUCCCCUUUUCUGGGUGUUAGAAGUAGCAGGUCCUAGUGGUUCUGAGACUACCUAAUUUUAUUCUUGGGCAUAUAGCUAUGUAUGUAGAGGAAGAGAUGUACUUUGAGAUUUCCACUCCAUUUUGGGUUGUUCAGCUUCCAAACCAUGUAGCCAUUUAAGCGAAUCACCACCAUUUGAUAGUGUAGUGAAGCAUAUGUGAAUACGAUCAGGUCACAGGUGUCAAAGUCAGUUUUAGUUUUUAUUAUAACAAAAGAGCAAUCUUAGGCUUGGAUUUGUGGUUAUUCAUGGAAGAAAGGAGAAUCACCAUGCUUCUUUUGCACAUAAUUUGCAAUUGCAUACCCAGGCACAGAAGCAUGUGGACCAUCCGGGACAGCUCCAGGAAGGAUUAAGAUUUAUGACACCAGUGCUUGGGUUGAAAUAGGCCACAACAAUAUUGAUUACAGGUGUAAGCAGGCUUUGGAAAAGGCAUUGGCUAUGAAUUCUGCAUCAGCCAGUCUGCCUGAGCUGGGUUACUCUGGAUGGAAGGUUGCCCUAUGACUCAAACUGGGGCGCUAUCCUUAGGACCGCCAGAGGUAAGGGUACUAUGGCUCAUCAGCCCUAUGUUGGCUCCAGGACAUAAAUAUCCUCCUGGACCCCUUUAACAGGGUACUCAUUUGGCUAAAAUUCAAACCCCAUGCCUAAUCCACCAUAAAUUAUGACAAUUGCUAUGAGGCAGGCGAAAACCUACAGACCAGCCAAUUUGUCAGCAAGAAAAAUAUUCUCCCAGACUCUGAAUACAGCAGCUGAACAUUCAAUACCAAUGUCAAGCCAACACUGUCCAGGCCACACCAUCCUAGACAAGGUGGAGAAUCCAUCAAUGAUCAGAGAGGCAGAGGCAAGGCACAGCUCCCAUUCUAAAUCUCUGGUUAGGACCUGGUUGGAGACGUCCCACACCAAAUCUGCCUCCAUCACCACACCUCUCCACUCUCUCCUGAUUGGCCUGUUUGAAUCAGGCACCCUGCAGCUGGCCUGCUCAGUCACUGGCUGUGCAGACCAGAUUUAGGCUCCAGGCAAUCUGGCACCAUGACUCGCCCAUAAACUGCCACUCCCCAAGCAUUCAUGGGUAAGCAGUCAGUGUCAAACCUUCUUGAAAACCGAAAAUACUGCUACUGACACUUCUGGAUUCGCAGGCAAGGAAUUCUGGAGAUAUUUCUGGUUGGAUGGUUUGUUUUCAAUGCACCAAUCCGAAAGAUUUGGAAGAUGAUUUGGAAUUGUAACAGCCAGGUGUGUUUUUUCCAUGGUUUGUGAGUUUGAGCAGUGUUGGUCAUCUUCCACUAUACGACACUGCUUGCCGAUUGAAACAUUCUCAUAUGACACAGACACCUUUGAGAGUGUCUUACAGUGUGAGUUAGAAUUACCCCAAAAGCAGAGCCAGCAUGUUCUGCUCAAUAUAUAAAAAACUGAUAAUGUAAAAAACACAAGGAACAUUCUAAUUGAUUGUGGGAAGGGCAUUGUAAACCUGUGGGGUAUUACUAACCAUAAUACCAUGUGUAGUGAUAUUAAGUGAAAUAAGUAAAUUGUGUAUUAUUGCAAUAGACAAGUCAGUUUUCACCCUCUGCUCCUUUCUCACAAGAAAUGGAAAGAAUCUGGUCUGAGCAUCUGCAUACAUAAAUAAUAACUAAAAUAUUUAACAGCAUUUUUCAGGAUCACUCCAUCUCUUAGUAGUUUUGUGCAGUUUUUCUUUCAUUCCAGUAUGGGUAUAAUUGUCCCCAAAGCUGUUAAAAUAUUAACGUGAUUUUUUUACUAGAUUUAGGAGAGGUCACUGAAAUAUAUGGCAAAUCACAACUUACUGUGUUUGAGAAGCAUCUGGAACAGGCUUCCUCAAACUCAGCCCUCCAGAUGUUUUUGGCCUACAACUCCCAUGAUCCCUAGCUAGCAGAACCAGUGGUCAGGGGUGAUGGGAAUUGUAGUCUCAAAACAUCUGGAGGGCCGAGUUUGAGGAAGCCUGAUCUGGAACAUGGUGUUGUGGAAAACUGACACAAAUCACUGUUGGAAUACAUUUGCGUGGAAUCUACACACAUGUUAAAAAUUUGUGGGAAAGUUUUUUUUUAAUCGUUUUGGAAAAUGCAUUGAAUUUGCUAUAGCUCACAGUCGUCAUCUAGUGUCACAGUUGUAUAUUGCACUUUACAACACAUUCAAAACGUUUUAUUUGCAGCUGUAUAGCUGAGUCCUUGACCUCACCUGUUAAUGGAGGGUUUACAGAGCUAUGGAGAAGCUCAUAGUUUUCCUGUUUUUGUGAUACACCUAGCUACACCUCAUUCUAGGGCUAAUGGUAAAAGAAAGAGUUUCAUUUCCUCUGUACCAUUUUUAAAAAGUUUACCCUUUUUAAUAUUGUAAGAAGUGCCUUUUUUAGGUAAAUGCAAUAAAAUAUGUCUCUAACCCUGUUUUAAUGCUAUUAAAAGUUUCUGGGUUGUUAUUGUAAACUGCAGGAAGGCAGGAUGAUGGUGACUCCAGUCAACUUUGAGGCAACAGACUUUAAGAUCACUCUCCCAGAGUUGCAACAUUUGAUGGAAUUUCGAAAGAAAGAUGCAGUGAAGAAAAUAAAGGAACUUUAUGGUGACAUCUUUAAAAUCUGUGCAAUGCUGAAUACUUCCCCCACACUUGGGAUACUUGGUUCCAAAUCAGAAAUAGAUGCAAGGAAAGCUGUAUUUGGAAAGAAUUUUAUACCUCCUAAAAAGUCCCUAACUUUCCUGGAAUUAAUGUGGGAAGCACUGCAGGAUACAACAUUAUGCAUCUUAGAAAUUGCAGCCAUUAUAUCACUGGGACUUUCUUUUUAUGAUCCAGGAGGAAGUGUUGCAGAAUGUCAGGCAAAUGAAUUUGGAGAAGAAGAAGAAGAAGCGGAGGCUGACUGGAUUGAAGGAUUUGCAAUACUUGUAUCAGUACUUUGUGUAGUGUUGGUAACAGCUUUCAAUGACUGGAGUAAGGAAAAACAAUUCAGAGGGUUGCAGGAGCGCAUUGAAAAGGAACAGAAAUUUACUGUCAUCAGGAAAGGGGAGUCAGUACAGGUGCCAGUAGCUGAGUUAGUGGUUGGGGAUGUUGCACAGAUCAAAUACGGUGACCUUUUGCCAGCUGAUGGUUUGCUCCUUCAAGGACAUGAUCUAAAAAUUGAUGAGAGCAGCCUCACAGGGGAAUCAGAUCAUGUCAAGAAGUCUUUGACAGAGGACCCCAUGUUGCUUUCAGGUACCCAUGUGAUGGAGGGCUCUGGAAAAAUGGUUAUUACAGCUGUAGGUUUAAACUCGCAAACAGGAAUUAUCCUCAGUUUACUUGGAGUUGGAGAAGAUAAUGAGAAAGCAAAUCAUAAAAAGCCAGCCAACCCUCAUAAAACUGCUGGAAAUGAAAAAAAGGAAAAAGAACAAACUUCAAAACACAAAAAAGAAAAAUCAAUUCUACAAGCAAAACUCACAAGAUUGGCUGUUCAGAUUGGAAAAGCAGGGCUGGCAAUGUCUAUAAUCACUGUUACUGUUCUUAUAGUCUAUUUUUUAGUUCAAACUUUUGUGAUUGAGAAGCAUACUUGGACUGCUGAAUGUACACCCAUUUAUAUACAAUAUAUUGUGACGUUCUUUAUUAUUGGAGUUACAAUCUUGGUCGUAGCAGUACCAGAGGGCCUUCCACUUGCAGUUACCAUCUCACUUGCCUACUCUGUGAAACAAAUGAUGAAAGAUAAUAACCUAGUGAGACAUUUGGAUGCCUGUGAAACUAUGGGUAAUGCAACAGCAAUUUGUUCAGAUAAAACAGGAACCUUAACCAUGAACAGAAUGACAGUAGUCGAAAUUUUAAUUGCUGGCACACAUUAUAAACAUGUUCCUGAACCUAAAUUAAUUCAUCCAACCAUGCUGAAUUAUUUGCUUAAAAGUAUUUCUUUAAACUGUGCAUAUACUUCAAAAAUACUGCCUCCUGACAAAAAAGGAGGCCUUGCUCUUCAAAUUGGCAAUAAGACUGAGUGUGCUUUACUGGGCUUGCUUGUGGAAUUAAAGCAGGAUUAUGAGGCUAUGAGGACUAAGAUACCAGAAGAGAAAUUGUUUAAGGUAUAUACCUUCAAUUCUGAAAGGAAAUCAAUGAGCACAGUUUUGGAAAACCCCAAUGGGAGUUAUCAACUCUUUAGCAAAGGUGCUUCUGAAAUACUUCUUCAAAAAUGCACCCAUAUACUGGAUGCUGCUGGGGAACCUAUAUCCUUUACCAAAAAAGAGAAGGAAAAUGUGAUAAAAAAUGUGAUUGCACAAAUGGCCUCUGGGGGACUUCGCACCUUAUGUCUAGCAUUCAAAGAUUUCCCAGCCGGCUCAGGACCAAACUGGGACAAAGAAGAUGAUAUUUUCAGUGACAUGACUUGUAUCGCAGUUGUAGGUAUUGAAGAUCCAGUGAGACCUGAGGUUCCUGACGCAAUAAGAAAAUGUCAGAGAGCUGGUAUUGUUGUACGUAUGGUUACUGGGGAUAACAUUAACACAGCUCGUGCAAUAGCUGCAAAAUGUGGAAUUCUGCAACCCGGGGAGAACUUUGAGUGCUUAGAGGGGCAUGAGUUUAAUAGACUAAUACGUGGUCCAGAUGGACAGAUUAAACAAGAGCUUAUUGACAAGAUUUGGCCUACGCUUCGUGUGCUUGCAAGGUCCUCACCUGCUGACAAGUACAACUUGGUAGAAGGGAUCAUUAACAGCAAUAUCACAGAACAAAGGCAAGUGGUAGCAGUAACUGGUGAUGGUACAAAUGAUGGGCCUGCAUUAAAAAAAGCUGAUGUUGGCUUUGCAAUGGGUAUUGCUGGAACAGAUGUAGCUAAAGAAGCUUCUGAUAUAAUUCUUACUGAUGACAACUUCUCAAGCAUUGUCAAAGCUGUCAUGUGGGGUAGGAAUGUAUAUGACAGCAUUUCCAAAUUCCUUCAGUUUCAGCUUACUGUUAAUGUAGUAGCAGUGGUAGUUGCUUUUAUUGGAGCAGCAGUCACCCAGAAUUCACCUCUGAAAGCUGUUCAGAUGCUGUGGGUCAAUCUCAUUAUGGACACACUUGCUUCUCUUGCUCUAGCAACAGAAAAGCCAACAGAGACUCUGCUGGAACGAAAGCCUUAUGGCAGAAAUAAACCUCUUAUUUCCCGUACAAUGCUAAAAAAUAUUAUGUUUCAUGCUAUUUAUCAACUUGUAGUUGUCUUUGCACUUCUUUUUGUGGGUGAAAAAUUAUUUGAUAUUGAAAAUGGACGAAUUGCACCACUACAUGCCCCACCUACCCGGCAUUACACUAUUGUUUUUAACACAUUUGUAAUGAUGCAGAUUUUUAAUGAAGUCAAUGCACGCAAGAUUCACGGGGAAAGGAAUGUUUUUUCAGGAAUAUUCACAAAUUCCAUUUUUUGUUGUGUUUUUGUGGGAACAUUGAUUACACAACUAAUCAUUGUUGAGCUCGGAGGGAAGCCCUUUAGUUGUGCAAGUCUUACACUAGAGCAGUGGCUAUGGUCAAUCUUCUUUGGCCUAGGAACAUUGCUAUGGGGGCAGCUGAUUGUAUAUAUUCCAAAUAGGUUCCUGGGGUUCCUGUGGGAAGUUGGUGAUCAACCACCACAACCUGUUGAAGAUGAACAAAUGGAUGGUGACACAGUGAUUGACUUAGGUGAACAAGAACUGAAACGCAGUAAGUUUCUGUGGUUCAGGAACUGGACUAGAAUACGAGUUCAGUGCGCAGCAGUGAAAUCAUUUCAUGAGCCCUCAUAUAAUAAAGAUGUGCAUUCAACAAAUAGUAAAACUGCAUAAUACAACACGAGUAAUGAAUAUGAAAACUUCACAUGUUAUUGUAUUUCCAUUUCAAAAAAAGUAAUGUGCACAUUAGCAAUAUUAGGAAAUGGAUGGAUUUUUUUCUCCAUACUGGUGAGUGAGAUGCUUUUUAAAAGAUCUCUGACAAAAUAGAUAGACCUUUCUAGAAGAUAUAGGAAACAACAUAAGGAAUCAAAAUAAAAUCCUCUUCAAAAUGUCUUCAUAUAUGGGUCUGAAUAUUAUAUUAGCUGACUUUUAAUGUACCUUGAGCCUUUAAAUUUCUUUUUUCCAAGGCCAUCUUCAGAAAGAGGGAAAGUGAUUGAUGAAGCCAAAAGCCGUGUCGUGAUUUUUUUAUAUUUCUUGACUUAAAUGUGGUAUUAUAUUAUAAAUUAUAGAAGUUGAAUAGCUUUUUACUUUUGCUCUUGUUUAUACUUAUAACUGAUAUCAAUUAGCUGAGCUGCCUUAUGCCCUCAAUCACCUGUUUGGAAAUGUGUUACUUUCUCAAGUAUUUUAAACUCUUUCUUUAGCUGCUCUGCUUUGAAUGGAGGGGGACAGAUCUGACUACAAACAAGCCAAGCUUAUUUGCAUUUUGUUAUUGCUAGCUGCUUAUAAGCAAAUAUUAUUAAAUAAUAAAAAUGCUAAAAACAUUUUUACUCUUGUUGCUUAAUUAAGAGGAAGGGGCAAAACAAAACAAAAAAACCCCCUAAAGAUGAUGUCAAAAUAAUAAUUAACUACACACAGAAGGAGACAUGGUAGACUAAUGACCCACCCUAGUUUAUUUUAUAUUCCCUUAAAAGGGGAUACAACAGAUAGGGGUCUGUAAACCCUCUUUUUACCCUACUUUUUGUAGAAUUUCAAAGAUCUUCAGCAUUUCAUCCUGAACUAAGAACCCAUGCUUUGCAUUAGGAAUGGGGAACCCCUGGCCCUCCAGAAGUUAUUGGACUCCAAUUCCCAUCAGCCCCACACAGAUUUUAAAAGAACAGGUCCCCUGCCUAAGCUGAAAAUUGACUUCUCAAUAGCCAAAGGAAUAUUUCCCAAAACUGUAUUGUUGCACUUGAACUGUGCAAUUGUUACUCAGUUUUAACACAGUACAUGGCAGCGAACCUCUCUUGAAAUUGCAGCUACCACUGCCCCCUUCAUGAUUAAAACUGUUACAAUGGAAGUGUAAAAUUCAGGGACACAUUUUACAUUCAUGCUUCACAGUAUCAGAGUUACACUUAGAAAAAGUAAUCUAAAAGUGUGGAAAAAUGACCAGGGGAUUCAAAUGAUUGAAAAAACUCCACAAUAUUGAGUUGCUCAGAAAUGUGCCCUCAGUUAGGGCUUUCUCUUAAGAGUUAUGAGGGCAGUGAGGAUAUGACUGUGGGAGUGUUACAGGCACCAAAUGACUGAAGUACACAAUGAUGCUAGUGACAUGACAAUCUGCCCUUCGACUUUAAACUUAUUUUCUUUUCUUUUCAUGGUGCACUGUGUCCCUUCAGUGCUAAAAUGCACACACACAUCGUUUCUUUUAUUUAGAAGAAAAAUUAGCAAACUUCCCCUGCAAUUGCAAAGAGCCAGCAAACCAACAGCUAUUUUAUCCCUGCUUUCUUUCCAUCAUUUUAAAGAGGGCUUCUUCUCAUUGUUUCUAGUCCACCAAACAAAAAGAAGAGGAGCAAGGAAGCUAAUAGCAGCAACAGUGCUGGUGGUAGCAACCCACAC